AUGAGAAAACUGCAUAGAGGAAUAUGCUUGGCGCUUUUAGCUGGAGUAACAGGUUUGGGAGGAUACAAACUAGCUAAGUGGGCGCAGCAAGAUAAGUCAAAUUCUGGCUGGCAGUCCUUGAAGGAAAACCAAUCUAGUUAUUGGACUAACCUGUCCGACUCAAUGUCUGGAAUUAGUAUUAUGCCAGAUGGACAGGCUGUUCACUUAAGCUGCACUUCCUUUCUUAAAGAAAAGGCGGCUAAACACGAGCUGAUUGUGCCGCGUACGUUCAAUUCAAAUGACAUAUUCAACCUACUACGCAAGCCAGCAUAUGAAACAUCCCAGGGGAAUCCCAGGGUACUUGAUCUUAACUAUCACUCGGUCUUCAUCUUUUACCACAACUUUCCAAUGGAGAAGUUCCUGGACUCUAUCACGUACUUUGAGCGCAUUGAGUGCCGCGAACUUGUUAUUCAAGUAUGUAAGAAGAAGCCCAGUUCAAUUAUUUCAUUCGGCGAUCUAAGGGUUAUACUCGACACAUUUGACUUUCAGCUGCUAAAUCUGUUUGGCCUUGAGAUAGAGGAUCCAUCAAGUGAAUUCAGUCUAAGCAACUAUAAAAGAUCGGAAGGCAAUCGGUCGAUUUCUAUCAAUCUUUAUGAUAUGUCACACGCUUCAGCCAAUGCCAUUAUGCACUAUUUAGCUAAGAGUCGAAAUCAGAUUACAACCGGAAUUACACUAACCCACUGUCUAAUAGAAAAUCUAGAGGUGCUAAACAGCUAUAGUUGGAAAUCACUAGCUUAUUUUAGUAUUGAUGAGGCUCCGAAGCUAAAAAGCGCCGACCUAAGAUUUUUGAUUUUUGGCACUAUCAAUAUUCUUAAAAUCAUGAGUGUUCCAUCGACUUGUGAAAUUAAACUGCCACAAGUAGAUGCAGACAUAGACACGCUUUCACUCGAUUGGGACAUGUACAAGUAUGUACAAGACCAUCUGUCCAGCAGUAACAUCCGCUUACAUGUCUGCUCGCUACUAAACAUAUCAAAUAUGAAGAUAAACCAAAAACAAAUGCUCAUAGAUUAUCUUGCACAUAAAGCACGGAGUAUCCAUUUAAAUCGGUGUCUAGUUCUUGUUGAGCUGUCGACCGCCACGAAGUUGUCUCGGGCCGCCCUCAAAGAAUGGGAGAGUCUGGAAUUCGAGAACUACCAAUCCAUCCCAGCCAGACCUGGGCUAAUGGAACAAACAGUAGUUGGCUUUUGCUGGGCAAACUAA